AUGGCCCGGUCAUCAGAGCUUACACCCGCUAUACGUGAGCGUAUAUGUGAGCUUCAUGCCAUUCAAUGGGGAUAUAAACGCAUCCAGAAGCGUUAUCCAUACAUUCCACUAUCUACAAUUCGAUAUACAAUUAAGAAGGAGCGUGAGCGACAAGAUGGUGUGUCCAAGGCACGCUCUGAUCGUCCAAAAAAGCUCUCAGAGGCAGAGAAAGACCGAAUUCUUGAGGCUAUACAUGGCAAUCCAAGAAUUAUGCAAGAAGAUCUACUUGCCUCGGUUGAUUAUAAGGUUAAACUACGCUCAAUUCAACGUUUUUUAAACGCUGAGAAUCUCCGACAGUGGCGCUGUAGUUGGCGCCCAUAUUUAACUGAAGAAAACGCUACAAAACGACUCCGAUGGGCCUAUCGAUAUCGUCACUUUACACCUGAGGAUUGGGCUCGAGUUUUCUGGUCUGAUGAGUGUACGGUCGAGCGAGGGAUCGGCGUACGUCGAGAAUGGACUUUUACCCGUCCAAGAGACCAACCAAGAGAGGGUCAAGUUCAAGGAUUACCCCAGCGUGGAAAGCAAGUUAAGCAGAUGUUCUGGGCAGCAUUUUCAGGGGCUGUUAGACGUACUGGAUUGAUUCCGCUCUUUAGUGACCCAGCGUCAGAACGUGGAGGUAUUAAUCGCUUCGUUAUCGAGGAAUUAUAUCGUCGAAUUCUACCUACUUUGAUAGUGAAUGAAGAUAGUGUUGUAGUUCGGAGAUAUGAAUUGUGUUGUAUUAGUCUAGAGAAAUAG